AUAUAUAAUAAAUAUAUAGUAAAAUAGCAAAUGUAUAAAUAUAUUUUAUAAUUUCUAGAAACAUGUGCCUUUUUAGUAGUACAAAUCUUUUAAUGUCGCCAAGACAUGCUUAUUAACAGACCCAAACAUCUUUAGUUCCUCCAUAAUAGGAAGAUAAAAUUAGGUAAACUAAUGUUCCAUAAUUAAUGUUUAAUAUUUUAUCUCAUUUGGAAAUGAUCUUGAUAUUCAAUGAAUUUCUAUUAUUUAACUUAGCAAAAGUAAGGGUGGAAGUUAUCAAAAGAUUUGGGAAACUAUUUUUAAGUAGGCAUAAUAUAAACCACAAUUCUUGUUGAAAAAUCUACCUAAACACUUUUAUCUCCUUCAUCUAUCGAAAUUACUUGUUUCAAACAUUACGUUCAGAUUACCCACAAAAACUUCAUGAGACGUUAGACAAACUUAGACAUCAUCCCAAGCUAUUUUUCUUGCUGACAAAUUUUGUGACAGGGAAAACACAAACGUAUUUGACCAGUAAACCCUGGUAGAAUAAAAGUUGUAUGUUUGCAUCAUAUUUAAUGCUAAUAACUCUGAAGACAUGUCUAUUUUCACUAAACUGACAAGAUUUAACAAGCUUUUAUUUCCCAAAGAUUAUCCCAGAUCAAUGUGAACUUAACACUUAAGAUUUUUCAUUAGCCCAAUUUUCAAAUCGUUUCAUCCUUCUGAUGAAUGACUUCUCCCUAAAGUUUGCGUUUCAAAGAAUGGCUCUUAGGUGCUAGAGAAGAUGGGAAUAGAAAUUCUAUAUAACGAAGGCACAGAAAAAGUAUCUAAGGCAGGGUGCCUGGGCGGCUCAGUCAGUUAAGCAUCUGACUCUUGAUUUCAGCUCAGGUCAUGAUCUCACAGUCGUGAGAUCGAGCCCCCAUGUUGGCUCCACGCUGACUGCUGACCGUGGUGUUCUCUGCUUAGGACUCUCUCUCCCCCUGCCCCUCCCCUGCUUGCGCGUGCUUUCUCUCUCUCUCAAAAUAAAUCAAUAAACAUUAAAAAUAAAAGUAUCUAAGUCUUUUCCAAGGAGUUUUGGGGUAUAUUUGCCUCUUAUCAGAGGUCUAGAGUAAUUCCUAUUUAAAAUUUUCCUGCUUUUUCUUAAGUGCAGGAUAAUUCUGUUUCCAAUGUCCUGGUCUUUUACAAUAUCAUGAGCAUUUUGAGAUGAAGAAGUGAGGUUUGGGGAUUGGUAAAGACAGGUGGGAUUUGAAGUGUGUCCAGAGCCACAUUUCUGGCUUUGUAGAGAUUUGCAAGAUGUUUCCAAUUCCCCAAGGACUGGACUGCAGCCUGAAUAUCAAGGGACUGAUCUGCCCAUCCACCUAAAUUUGCUGCUUUAUAUCGGGGUGAUUUCCAACUGAGAUGGAAAAAUUUCUACUUCUAGAGAUUCAGGGUUUAAAACAGUGUGUCUAAAAGUCUACCUGAAGCAUUUAACGAUGGCCCAAAAGUUUAUCUAAGGCAUUUAACAAAGGCCUUCUUGGACCAAUUCACCUUAGGAGGGAAAGCCUCUAUUAUUGUUCUCAUUAUUGAACAUUGGCCUCCAGCUGAUUCAUUUCCUGAUCAUUUGUAGGAGGGCCUGGAAGAAAUUCUGGUCAUCUGUUUUCUCUGUGAAGGGGGGAGGGGUGCUUUUCCCCAGGAGGCCAUCUGGCUUGUCUGAUAACUAUGGUGUAAUCAUGGCUGGGAAGAUCGUUCCAUAGCAGCCAGUUGAGGUCCCUGUGAGGGGGGUUGUGAAUGACCACUAAUCCUUCAAACUCUUCUUUAAAUUUGGUAGGAUCUUCUCCAAGUAGAGACAAAACGGGCUUUGUAAUUUCACGCUGUUAAAGAAGUCCUUAAGGCUAGCCACCAUAUUCCUUUGUAUCUUCUUUUUAAUUUGCUCUAUCCAUAGGUACCAAUAAGACCAUUAUUUAGAAUGAGAGCUCUCUAAUUUUUUUUUAACAUAGAAGUUUGUCCAAUUCAAAGAAUCCAUUGUCAUUGACGAGGAGGAUCUUAUAUUAAUCUUAAUAGUGACUCAAACCAAUAAGCCCUUUCAUAGCUUUACAUAGACAUUAGAGGUGUUCCUAAAGAGGGUGCAAAAGUUGCAGCCCUUGCAAGAUCCAGAAAGUUCAUUCCCAGAGUUACUCUAAGAAAACAAAGACCUCUGUUGUCAUAGGUGGUAAUAAUGAUGUAGUGAAAAUGGAGUCUCUGGGAACGUUAGAUGUCUCUAGUAACAGACCUGCUGAUUUGUGACACCAGGUAGGUGCUACUGUUAUGAGACUUUUCCAGCACUAUUAAGACAAUGCAGGUUGAGAUGACUGAGGCCUUUAAUGGAUUGGGACCCCCUUGUGAUUCCCCCGAGAGUUGGUAUCGUCAGACAAAGAGAGUGCUGCUUGUGGUUCCUCAUGUCUUGGAACCCCAGUCUGUUCAACAGGCCAUUAAAUGUAUGACGGGCCAUGCAUGUCCCUGCUGGUUUCUACCAGAAAGAAUAUUCUCCUUGGUCACAAAGCCAAGCUCUUAGGACGUAGAAUAAGACGAAAGGAAAGGAGACCCAUGGUUCUCCUCCUUAUGACAAAUGACACAAAAGACAGAGACAAAAGAAAACAAUGACAAUCUCUGGUUGAAAGAGGAUCAAUAGAAAACAAAAGUAUUUACGACACACUUUUACCAGAGUCCCUAUACCUAAGGAACUAGUUUACACAAAUAUUUAGAAAUGGAAAGGACUGGAUCACUUUUGCUUUCUCCAGACCCAGCCAGCAGAGAUCUAAGAGACUGACAUGGUAAGAAAAUUUACCUUCUGCUGGCUCCUGCUCAAGGUCCCAGAGUCUCUCAGCUGCUUCCGGAGUGAGCACUGUCCAGCCGGUGAAGAGCCCCAUGCUGGACAGCAAAACUGUAGGGGAAGAAACUUUCUUCUUCUACCCUUCUAGGUUCUUUGGCUGGUCUAAUAAUUAAAUUGAAAUAAGAUAGAUUAACAAGAAGAAAAACAAAUUUCAUUUUGUAUGUACCAUAGCCCCCCAAAAUAUGAGGCUCAAAGAAGUGACCAAAGCAGGCAGCUUUUAUGCAGUUUAGAUAAAGGAACAAAUUGUGAAGAGUGAACAGAACAAAGGGGUUUGGGCUAAGGGUAGCUAAUUAGUAAAGAAGUAACAAGAUUUGUUUAUACAGCCUUUUUGGCCCCAAAUUCCCUGUUUCUAGAGAUAAGGAUGUCUCUCCACCCUCUGGUACAGGGAGGGUACCUUUCACCGGGGAGAUUUAUUUCCUGCUCUCAGGGACACGAAGGAGAGUCAGAGGGCCCUUCUUGUACCUGUUUGUUUUUUUUUUUUUAACUUUAUUUUUUUUAUUACUUUAAAAAAAAUUUUAUUUAUUCUUGAGAGACAGAGUAUGAGCAGGGGAGGGUCAGAGAGAGAGAGACACAGAAUUUGAAGCAGGCUCCAGGCUCUGAGCUGUCAGCACAGAGCCUGACGCGGGGCUCAAACUCACCAACCGCGAGAUCAUGACCUGAGCCGAAGUCCGAUGCUCAAAUGACUGAGCCACCCAGGAGCCCCUUCUACCUGUUGUUUCUUAAGUACCUGUAAUUCAAAAUAAUCAAUAUGCCAAGUGACAUGUUUUGCUUUCUCUCUCUUGCCCCUCUUAACAGGAUUGUUGAGGAAGAGUUGGGAUCAAAAGCCUGAGUGGGUCCUGAGGAGGACUUCAUAGAACAGAGGUGCUAAACUCCCUGAACCUCCCCCCACCCCCCGCCCUCCAGAGCUGCCAGGAAUUUUUCAGGGCUUGCAGCUAACUUCAAAGUCCUGAUGCAUUUUGUUUGGGCCUGCUCCAAGCUUUCAUGUUUCCUGCUGGCCUUGAUAGGCGUUUGAAUUGGUGGCCCCAAAUCUACUCCAGGGGACCCCAAUCCUACUCCAGGAUUUCCCCAGAUGUGUUCUAUGGAAGGAUUUGGUGGUCAAGCAGGGAUGGGAGAGUGGGAAUCAAAAAAAGCAAAAUGGUUUUCUUUGCUGGAGGACUUGUCAGAGCCUUUGAUAUGCUGAUAUUCAUUGUGUACCUCUAACACGGGGUCUCAACAUCCUGCAGGAUAGCUCAAAGGGCUGGUGUUCAAACCUCCAUUUUCCAGAUGGAGAAACUGAGACCUGGAGUGAGGCCCAGGAAAUGAUUUCCCAAGAUCAUGCAGUUAUCUCUAGUAAAGCUGGGACUAGAUCCCAGGGCUCCUGAGUUUCAUGGCCAGUGCUCUGCCCAUGACAUCCCCUCCUUCCUGUGUUCUUCUCAGAGAAAUGUUGUAUGUAGUGCUGCUCCCUUCCUGAAGGCCCCUCGCCUUUUUCUGGCCCCUCCCCUCUGGCUGCCAGCGCAUUAGAGGGUGUCCUAUUCCCUCUGGGCAUCCAUUGAUGCUAUGCCCAGCACACACGCUCCAGGGAGUUACCUGCCCGGCUAAUGGAUGGCAAUAAGGCUGCAUCCUAGCUGUGGGGCCCAAGUUAAUUGGGUUUCCUGGGUCCCAGUCUCCUCAACUGUAUCAUGAAACUUCAUCACCUGGUUUAUCACCUGGAGUUGUUGAGAGGUUCAGCUCUGACACCAUAUGUGAUUGUGCUCUAUUCAUGUUCAACUCAUGUACGGAUACCCAUGAGUCUAACUAUUCCUAUCAUUUCUGGGGUACAAUGAGGGAAGAACAACGGGAAAUCCGAGCAAGGCCCUGGGCCAUGGGAUCUGGCAUGUUGGGACUCCUCGAUUCUGACUCAGCCCCCACACUGGAUAUCUGCCCUUUACUGUGCCACUGUCCUCUCUGGUCUCAGCUCCCCAGUCACCUAUGAGGUGGGCCAGUCUGGCUGACUCUGGGACCCAUUUUGCAGUGAGACAUGAGGGGAGGGAGCUAGGGGCACGGUUUCCUAGUUUUCUGUGGGGAAGUUGGUGUUCAAGUUGGGGAGAGAAGGUCAAAGCAUCUUGGGGCACCAACACAGGUCUGCCUUGAGUGGGGUAGUCUUCCCCAGCCCUCCUCACCCCUUUGAUAACCCCCAGCCUUCGCCCAGGGUGGCUGGCCACCGGGCCUGUAGGGUAGGAGGGCGUGUGAGUGCCCCCAUGUCCCCGUCAACUCAGCAGUUGGGAGUUUAAGUCCCCUAGGCCCUCUGUGGACUGUGGUGGGCUCCAAAGGAGAGGCCGGGAGGUGGGCCAGGCUGGGUUGGGAGGUAGGAGGAGUGUCCUCUCCCCCCCGCCCCCCAACGCUGUUUGCCUGAGUUAUUCUUAGCGCUGACUCAUUAUAGAGUCUAUUUUUAGCCUUGUUUCUAAGUGUUGCCAACAUCUGGUGCAGCCAGUACCGAAGGGGGUAGGGAUGGCAGGGGCGACCCCUUUGGGCAUUGCCGGGGACUGGAGCCAUUGGCAGGAGGGCCAGGACAGAGCCCUCUAUGUCCCACACCUGUCACGACUUGAGGCCAGGCACACAGUAGGUGUCCUAUUUGUGCUUGUGCAUUGAUUGCUCUCCCACUGUCUCAUCCUUCCAGGUCCAGCCCCUGUGGGGGGCAGGGAAUGAGUGUUACCUGCCCCCCAGCAGGAGCUGAUGGUACUUACCAGGUAGGCUUUCCCGUGUCCACCGCUCAGAAGUUCCAGCUGGCUUCUGACGCCCGCAGAGAGGGACCUCAGAGGAGGGAGGCAAGCCCCAAGCCAGGGCCCCUGUGACAGCCACCACCAGAGGAGACGCCGGCAGAUGUUAGAGGGGAGUAGUGUGGCUCAGUGGUUAUGGGUAUACAGCUGGACUGCCUGGCGCCCAGGCCUGGCUUUGCUACUUCCUAGCUGCGUGACCUUGGGCAAGUCGUCAUCCUCUCUGUACCUCAGUUUCCUCAUCUGUGGGACAAGGAUGGGAGUACAGUGUUUUGAAGACUAACAGAAUAACGUGUGAAGUGCUAUAUAAUAAGGAGGUGGUGGCCUUCUUACCACUUUCGUUGUUGUUAUUACUAAUGAGAAGCUCUGUGUGUGCCCCCUCUGUAUGUUGGAGUGAGUUGGGUAGGAGGCUUCUCAGCUUUUCUCUGCGUGAAGUGAAGCUAGGGGUGGGGCCCGGAGAGAGUGGUUAUAACCUCGGCAUCGUGAUGGCGAUCCCUGCAGGGCUGCAGCAAGGGAUAGAGAGCAUACAGGUGGGUUGGGAUGUGGGCUUUCCCCUUCAUGGGUUGAAUGAGUCACUUAACUUUUGUGGCCAUCCAUUUCCUUACCUACAAGACAGAUAUGAUCACAGGCCAUAGAAUUCUUGCUGGGCACACGGUGGGAACUGAAUCCGUGAAAUUUUGUGGGGGGCGGGGCGCAUUGCAGGGUCCUUUUCCCGUAAGGGGGAUGGGGUGCCAUUGCCUUGGGAGUCAGGGAGGAGAGCUUGGCCUGGAGGCUCGAAGAAGGGGGCUGUGAUCCUAGCUCUCCCUCAGCUGUGUGAUCUGCACACAUUUCUUGCUUCCCCUGGGCUUCUGUAACACAAAGAGGUCAGAGAAAGCUGGUCUUGAGACUUCCUCAGAGCCUCGGGGAGUGAUCUGGGGACUGUUUGAGCGCGUGGGGGAGGCCCCCAGUUGGAGGCCAGGUGGUCUGGCCACCCCCCUCAGCCCCACAGAGCUGCUUUAUUCUCAUGCUUUACAUACAUAUCGAGGUUCUAGGUAAAGUUUAUCUGAAAACAGGGCUCUCCUGCUAGAAAUAGCCCAGGAAAUCUCUGGUGGGUGACUUCCCAGGCCUCUUGUCAUCUGAUGGGCAUUGGCUCUUGGAGGUGACCCAUGCAGGGGGAGGUGGUAGGGCUGAGAUGGGGCAGAGGGGCCCCUGCCACAGCACUGGCACAUAGCAGGUACUCAAGAAAUAUUUGAAAUGAAUGAAUGGAGUGGCCCCGGGGCAGUAUCCCAGAGGAGCAGUACCUCUGAUUUGGUGGCAGAUCUUCUCCUACCCUUUCCUCUGUCCCCCGCUUUGGCCAGCCUUAGGCUCCCUCAGCUCUGGGGUCCAGGUUCAGCCUUCCUCACUCGGAGUCCCAGUUUGUCCCUUGAUAAAACGAGGGCGAUAGGCUCAGCCUCAGAAGGUCCCUUCUGGCUCUCAGCCUCGGUUGUCAGGGCAGGUCACACGCAUCCACACACGCAUCCACACACACGCACGCCCGCACACAGCUCCGUGACGUGGGCCUGGCUGGAGGGUGGGGGGCUCCUCUUCCCCUCCCCAGGAAGGAGCCCCCUCAAGUUCUCCUGAAGGUUGGGGUGCUGCAGGUCUCUGGAUGGGGCCCCCAGGAGAUGAUGUGCUGGAACUGGGGCUCGGCCUGUGGGUGUGAGAGGAAGGGUGGGCAUCUGACUGUGUCCUCUGGGCUGCAGCUGCCACCGUGACCUUUGUGUGUGACCUUCUGGGAGUGUGGGCGGCUGCCCACAGAGCACAUAUUUGUGUUGUUCUGCCUGGGUGUGAGGGGGUGGUGUGAACGGUGGCAGUGAGGGAGCAAGGGCAGUUAUCUCCUGUUGCCGGGAGCCGCCAGGGCUCUGAGAAGAAUGGAAAGUGAUUUCAUGCAAAGGAGCCCUUCCGUCUCUGCCUUUUGGCCACAAUCUGAGGUAUGGGGUGGCCUGGCUUCCUUCCUUUCCCCCACCUGCCUGCCAGAGGCCCCUGUUCCCCCUCCUCCUGCCUCAGGGAUAAGGGACUGCCUUGGUCUGCAGUCUGACACCCCUCUCAGGGGGUUUUCGGGAGUUGGUCCAUACCCGCAGCUAUAGGAGUCAGUGUGGGGACCAGGAGGGCAUCUAGGCCUCGAUUCCUGGCACUACGUAAUCCCCUAAGCCGGAGGAAGUAGCCUGCAGAGGCCCAGGCCGGGAUGCUGUGGUCAUUACCCCGUUACCAGCCCAGUGGUUUUCCAGCUUGAGAAGACCUGCCAGGGAGGGGAGGGGAGAGGCCCCACCUGCCCACCGGCUCUGCCAUCCCAGCUGCAGCCCUGCUGGUGACUCAUGCCCCUGGGGAGUGAGCCCGGCUUCUCUCCCCUGGGGCACCCGGGGCCUUGGUGCUGAGCCCAGGGCCCCAGCAAGCUGGUGGCGGGGAUGUGGGGCGGUGUGGUGUUGGGAUUGAGGCCCCCUGUCUGGGGAGAGGUCGCAGCAGAUUUUUCUUGCACCUUCUCCUGGCCCCUCAGACUACCUUCCCUUUGCCCACAGGGGAGGUCACAGCCCCCAGAUACAUAAUGGGUCCCAGAUGCCUCCUGAGUGAGCAGCCCAGUGGGGCAGCUGGAUCCAGGAGUCCCUGUUCCCCAGUGCCCGGCACUGUGCAUGACCCCAUUCCACUGCCUGGGCUCACUGAGGGCGUGGGUGGUGCCUGCCUUCCUACGCAGCCCCCAGCGGGGCUGUGCCGCCUGGGAGGGAUGGGGAGGCCCUCUCCAGGGAAAUGAAUUCCUGGCCUGACCCCAGAUGCCGGCCUGCCCAGCUCUGCUCCAGGGUAAUGCUGGGUGUACACACAGCCCCAUUGUAUGCCUGGGCUCUGUGCCCGCCAUGGGCCUGGCACCAGCUCUAUCAAUAGCAGUGGCUCCUCAGUUCCUCGGCACCCCCUGCCAGGGCCCGAGCCACUGGGCCCCUGGUGGGGAGGAAAGGAGGCCUAGUGAUCGGGGUGGUGGGUGUGUCCUGAGUGGAGGGGCCGGGACCAUUCGGCCCCUUGAGGAGCCAAAUGAAUACAUUUGCUUUUCUCACCAAGUGUGAGGUACAGGAGCAGGGAGCGUUAUCCCCCAUUCAUAUGAGGAGACCGUGGCAUUGAGGGGCAAGGUGACUUCCCCAAGGUCACACAGCUACCAAGCGGUGGAGCUCAGGGCUGAGCCCGGGCGGCCUCGGGGCCAGAGUUGGAACUUGCUUCCGGCUCGGGGUUUAAGAAAAGGCAGGCCUGCCUUCUUCUUUUCACAGCCCAACUUUGGGGACUGUGGCAGGCCGCUUCUGGAAAGUGUAUGUUCCCAGGGUGGAAGGGGGCCCAGGAGCAGUACGGUCUGGAACCCCAUGUGCUUGGGAGAAGCGUGGUAGUUAAUUUUCAAGGAUGAUGUAGGUAGCUGAGUGGGCAGAGCAGGUCUCCAGAUCUAGAAGACAGCUCUGUGCCUCAGUUUCCCUGCUCCACCUGCAUCGUGUAUCUCCUGUGCUUCUUGGGAGGGCCCAGGAAUGUAGAGGUGAGACGUGGCGAGGGCUGGGGCCUGGAGCCUCACACUCUUUUCCUCUGCUCCACAGACUGGUGGGGAAGGCCCCCUUCCCCAAUCUAGAUGCCCCUGGAGGCGGGCUGCCAAGGCGUCCAGCCGCUUCUAUUCUGAGAGUCCGUCCUGAGCUGCCCCAUCUCCUCAGGUUUCCCAGCCUGAAGGGACCUCUGAGGCUGUGGGCAGCUUGCAGAGGGGCAGCCUGGCUCUGGGCUGCGAGGGGGGUCCCGCUUCUGCCCAUGUCCCUCAGGGCAAGAUGGACGGUGCCCAGAUACCACUCUUAUGGGGUCUGUCCCAUUUCUCACUCUCUGGAGCUCUACUUCUACCCCACGAGCCCCGACCCCUGGGGCUGGGCAGAGCUGAAGCUCCUCCCUUCCCUUGGCCCACCCUCCUUGUCCCCUGUCGUCCUGGGCAUGCGGCCUGGUCCCCUCCUUCAGUGCCACCUCAGCCCUCUUAAAAAUGGACAGGGCAUUCUGCAGUGACCACAAGAUUGUGUAACGCCAUGGCUGGGCCGUGGGGACAGGUGGGGAAGAGAGAAACUGGAAGCUCCCUUUUCCACUGCCCCCUCACCCCCUGCCCCGGAGCCUUGUCUCCCUCCCCACUCUGCUGGGGCUCAGCUUUCUCUGUUUAUGCCGCUCCCACCAACCAGCCAAUACAGCUCCAUCCGAGGCCACAGGGGUGGACACGUCCAAGGGCUUCCAGAGAUGAGCGAUGUUUGGACAUUCUGCAGAAGGAAGGGGGAUGGGGCGGAGGAGAGGGAGCGAGGAGGCCUCCUCAGCUGAGCCCAGAGCUCGUGGUGGAAGGGCAUCCUGGAUGCCUCCAGGCCUGGUAGGGAGUUUGGACUCUGGAGGACAGCGGGGUGCGAUUGGGGGUGAUGGAGCAGGCGAUGACUUUUCUUUGUUGGUCAGCCCAUUUUGUGUCCACUCCCUUGUUCUCUCAGGGCUGUUUCCUUUCUCUGUUCCUCCAAAGACAAUAAACCCUUCUCUCUGCUCUUCAGCCCCUUCUCUCUGAUUCCUGCUCACCCCCUCCCACACGUCCCACACGUUCUUGGCGUCCUCUGCUCCACCGUCUUGGCCUGUUCCCCUGCCCUGCUUUGUCUGGCCUCCUCUCCCUCUCCCCAGCUCCCGACCCCCCCCCUUCCCUGGGGUAGGGCUUGGGUGGAGUUGAGCCUUUGAGGAAUGGGAUAUGGGCCUGGCGGGACCACACAGGGUACUGGCGCGAUGGAGAACGUCUCCGGAGGAUGUUCCCUGUUCUGACAUGGCUCUCUACACCCUUCAGAAAACGACUGGGUCCCACAGUGUGGCUCGUCAGGAGGAUCUUACUUGUAAUUUGUCAACCUGAUACACGGAGAUACAGAUUUCUCUAGCCGAUAAAUCAGAGAGUGGUGGGCCUUCGUUUUCUUGUUGUUAAGUUUGGCAGAGAGGAUAUGGACCCAGAUGGGAAUCAGACUGCAGACAACUAUUGUUUCCUCCCCUGCAUCCAUCUACCUAUACACGUACACACGCAUCCGUUAUAUCCCCAUGCACCUUGUCCAUGCUCUCAUGCAUGCAUAGCCGCCCGUUCAUCAGAUAUUUACUGAGCACCUGUGUUAGGUGUUUUACAUUUAAUCCUUACAGAAAUUCUCCAAGACGGGCAUUCUCAGCAUUUUGCACAUGAGGACGCCAAGGCCCCGUGAAGUGAAGUGAGUUGCUGAACGCUGCACAGACAGUAAGGGACACAUCUGGAACGUUCAGCUCUCCGUGCCUGGAAAGACAAGCUCUUAGUGUGGUAUCAAAGCGCCCCCCCCCCCUCCCCGGGCAUCCCCAGUGCAUAGUUCUUAGCAUGGAACAUCACAGCUGUGCUAUCGAAUGAAUGGGCCUGCCGAGGUUCUGGAAUGCUGGAGUUCUCUAGCUCCAUCUUUGGUCCAUCCCAGGGUUGGGGGGCAAUGCGGGGCCCCGAGCCCUCUUGGCAUUUGCCACCAGUAACCACGUGUUGGCACGACCACCCCUGGAAUGGAUGCUUCUUUGUCAUAGAAUGUGCCAGACGCUGGUGCAUCCUUGUUUCUUCGCUCCAUCUUGCCAACUCUGCUUCCGAGGGAGGUCUUACCCCUAACAGGCGGGAAAGUUCUAGGUGCACGGUUGGCCACUGCACCCAGUCUCCCCCAGUGGCUGGGCUCUUAGGCUGGCCCUUUUACUGGCCUUUCUUUCUAAGCUUUCGAGUUAGCUGCUCCGUUACAGGUCCUAACCUCCUCCUCAGGGCCCACUGGCUGAGACAAGGAUGUGGGUACAGGUAGUUUACUUGGGAGGUGACCCCAGGAAGAGCCCGCAGUGGGGUAGAAUAGGUGGGGUUGGAUAGACAGGGAAGGGAAGGAAGCCAAGAAAAUGUGUGUUUGGGAGCAGGUGACUGCUGUGACAUCUGAGGCUCGGGCUCACUGGGGGCCCCUGUAGAACCCCAGGACGAAGUGGGGUGAGGGAAUGGGUGUCUCUUCACUAGCCCUGCAAGGUCUCUGGCUAAGAGCUGCUGGGGGAAGACGGGAUGCUGGCUCUGACAUGGAAGCGGGUGCCAGCAGCUGGCAGGGGGUGUGGCCGGAGCCCUGAUGGCCUCAGCAGCACCCACCGAACCCAGGCCUGGGAGUCCCUUGGAGUAUGCCUCUUGUUGAGCCCUGUGUCCCCAGCGCCCUUCUCUCCAGGCCCACGAAGCUGCCACUCUCAGCUGCCCCGGGCAGACCCUGCCCCCUGGAGCCAGUCGCCAGGGCCACCUUCGUUGUGUUCAACAGAUACUUAAGGAGCUCCUACUGUGUGGCAGAGGAAGCUGUUAGGAUCCCUCCAGGCACUCACAGCAGAGGAAAGGGACCCAGCACACACGAGGUCCUUCCCGUAGGUCAGACACCGGCAGCCAUUUCCAGGCCCCGUCCGAGGCAAGUGCACUUCUCUGGGCUCCGUCCGCUCCCAGAGGGCGGGACGGAUGUGCUGGGUGGCACGGAGCCUGGAGCCACCUUUGAGUCCCCUCCCAGCCCCAGCAUCCUGAGACUGUGAUUGUAGUGGUUUCUCUGACUUCCUUUUCCUUUCUCUCAAUGCCCCUGCCUCUUCCCCUCCUGGGGCCACUGGCCCCAUGGCUGCCACGUGGUUGUCUUCUGGUGCCCUCCCUCUGUGUCUCUAUGAGGAACAGGAUGCAAUUUGCGGGGCAAUGGGAGGGGGGGCAUUUUAUUCAAGGGCAUCCUUCUGUGUCCCUGGUGAGGGCUCUGCCCGGCGCCUGCUUCCUGGAGAGGGGCCUCCUCCCUGCUGACUCCUGCUCCCACCGUGCAGAUUCGCACAGCAGUCCGAAGCCUUAUGGGGCUGAGGGCAUGGGAAGAGUUAAGAGAGGGAAGUGGUGCGUAGGGAGCCAGUGCCAGUGGCCGCCAUGGCGUCGCGCAUCGGGCUGCGGAUGCAGCUCAUGCGGGAGCAGGUACAGCAGGAGGAACAGCGGGAGCGCAUGCAGCAGCAGGCCGUCAUGCAUUACAUGCAGCAGCAGCAGCAACAGCAGCAGCAGCAGCAGCAGCUGGGUGGGCCGCCCACCCGGGCCAUCAACACCCCCGUCCACUUCCAGUCUCCGCCACCUGUGCCUGGGGAGGUCCUGAAGGUGCAGUCCUACCUGGAGAACCCUACCUCCUACCACCUGCAGCAGUCCCGGGACCAGAAGGUGCGGGAGUACCUGUCCGAGACCUACGGGAACAAGUUCGCCGCCCACAUCAGCCCCGCCCAGGGCUCCCCGAAGCCCCUGCCGGCUGCCUCCCCGGGGGUGCGGGCCGGACACGUGAUGUCCUCCUCAGCUGGCAACAGUGCUCCCAACAGCCCCAUGGCCAUGUUGCACAUUGGCUCCAACCCCGAGAGGGAGUUUGAUGUCAUCGACAACAUUAUGUGUCUGGAUGACGUCCUGGGCUUCAUCAAUCCUGAAACUCAGAUGCCCAACACGUUGCCCCUGUCUAGCAGCCACCUGAACGUGUACAGUGGUGACCCCCAGGUCACAGCCUCCCUGGUGGGCGUCACCAGCAGCUCCUGCCCCGCUGACCUGACCCAGAAGCGAGAGCUUACAGAUGCUGAGAGCCGGGCCCUGGCCAAGGAGCGGCAGAAGAAAGACAAUCACAACUUAAUUGAAAGGAGGCGGAGGUUCAACAUCAAUGACCGCAUCAAGGAGCUGGGAAUGCUGAUCCCCAAGGCCAACGACCUGGACGUGCGCUGGAACAAGGGCACCAUCCUCAAGGCCUCGGUCGAUUACAUCCGGAGGAUGCAGAAGGACCUACAGAAGUCCCGGGAGCUGGAGACCCACUCUCGGCGCCUGGAAAUGACCAACAAGCAGCUCUUGCUCCGCAUCCAGGAGCUCGAGAUGCAGGCUCGGGUGCACGGCCUCCCCACCACCUCCCCAUCGGGCGUGAAUAUGGCCGAGCUGGCCCAGCAGGUGGUGAAGCAGGAGCUGCCCAGUGAUGAGGGCCCCGGGGAGGCCCUGCUGUUGGAGGCCGAGGUCCCGGAUCCUGAGCCACUGCCGGCUCUGCCCCCCCAGGCCCCACUGCCCCUGCCAGCCCAGCCACCUCAGCCACCCUCCCCAUUCCACCACCUGGACUUCAGCCACGGCCUGAGCUUUGGGGGCGGGGGCGACGAAGGGCCCCCAGGCUACCCCGAACCUUUGGGGCCAGAGCACAGCUCCCCAUUCCCCAACCUGUCCAAGAAGGAUCUGGACCUCAUGCUCCUGGACGACUCACUGCUACCGCUGGCCUCCGACCCUCUCUUCUCCACCAUGUCCCCCGAGGCCUCCAAGGCCAGUAGCCGCAGGAGCAGCUUCAGCAUGGAGGAGGGCGACGUGCUGUGACCCUGGCUGCCGCCAUGCUGGGGAACGGGGGCAGGCCUGGGGGCUGGGAGGCCCGGGGCCGCCUCCCUCCCACCCUUUGGGCUGCACUUGUGUGUGAGGUAGCAAACUGGCCUGCCUCACUCCUUCCUGUCGGCCCCUGUUUGGACUUAGUGCCUGCUUGGCAGCCUGUGGGGUCAGGAGAAGCCCCCCCGCCUGGCUCAGUACUCCCCAGGGACAACCCUCUUGAUGGGGCUGGACAGGAACAGGCCUUCAGCCUGGCUCCUGGAGGUGAAAUCAUGAGGGGAAGGGAGGGGACGGGUGUGCUAGAGGUAAGAGGAGGUCCUGGGUGGGGUGGGGGGGUGUCUCAUCUUCUGAGUCUGAUCCCCACCCCUGCCGGUGAAGGAGGACAUGUUGGAGCAGGGGGCUCAGGAAGUUCCUUUUCUGAGGCAGCGACUGGUCCAGGGGGUGCCCAGGCCUGCCUUUCUGGGACUCAGAUGGCAACAAGUCUGUCCUCCAGCCUGGCACCCCCACCCCCCUUUGGUGCUAACAGCUCUCUACCGGGUGGUGUGAGGGCGGGGGUGGCUGGAAGAGGGGGCGCUGGGUUCAAGUUAGAGCGUGGGGUCACUGCUGGAAGAGCAGCUCCCCCCAGGCUCCCCACUUUGUGCCUUUAGUAAACACUGUGCUUUGUACCUGCUUGUCCUCUGUCUCUUUGGAGUGUGUGUCUGGGGCUGACGCAACCGGGGAGGAUUCAACCCAAUGUGCACCAUUAUGGAUUUCGAAUUCCAAUGCCCUUUAUGGGGAUCGGGGUAAGGGUUACAGAAAGGAGGGAACAAGCCCAUCACCUGGUUCCCCCCACUUCCCAGACUUGCCUCCAGGGGAGCUGGAGAUGUAGCCUUACUUAGGGAGUUUAGGGAUGGAAGGGGGGGACAGUGUCCCUCCUUGUGGCCACAAGAUGGCACUGCAGCCACGCUGGUUCCACGCCCCAGCUGUGGCCUGACACGGCUGAGCCCGAUGACGUGGGGGCCAGUUGCUAUAAACCAAGUCUUUUCUUCUUAGCUGCCGCUUAGGCUACCCCUGGCCCGGGGUGGGGGACAUGUUUCUCUUGUUCCUGAAUGCCUGUGCUAGUGGUGACCUCUCCAGAUUUUUCUCCCUCCCUGAGUGGGCUGACACCUGCUUGAGAAGGUCAAGCUGCCUGCUCCGUGGAGGCAAGGCCAGCCCCUCUGCUCUUUGACAGAGUGUCUAGCAGGAGAGGCUCCCUAGUCACUGAAGGGCUGAGUCCUUGGGUUUGGGGAAAGAGGGAUCCAACUGAACUAAUUUGGGUACCAGACGCUGGGUGGAGUCAGGGACGGGGAGUGGCCCUAUUCUCCACUCUGGCAUUGUCCUCCAGGGCGGCCUCGGCAAAUCCUUUCCUGUCUCUGGGCUUCUGUUCCCCGGCCCUAGAAUAGUUCCCAUGCACCUCUGCUCUCAGAUCCUGGGAUUUUACGACCUCAUGUGGGAUGGGAAGACAGACUUGGGGCAGUGAGGGGCAGGGUGGCAGAUUCUUGAGGGCCCAGGUGUCUUGGGGAGGGAGGAGAGGGUCUUUUUGGGCUUUGCCUACUUCUCUCUCGACUUCCCACAGUCUUCAGGCAGAGACCAAAA